CACUCGAUCCAAAAAAGCAAAGUGGGCUUGAGCUUUUUCGUUUUAUUGCGGUAGGGCGUUAUCGCCUGUGUUUCUAAUUAAGGUUUUUUUUUUUUGUGUUGCAGCCGCUAUGAGCUCGCGUAUCGGCACUUAGCGGGUCGUGAAGUGACUCGUGCGCUUUCGAAUUGUGAUCGUUUUAACAGCGCAAGACGAUGUGACAAGCGUCGAAUGGCUUCGCCUCCUCCACGCCGAAAUGUCAGCAGUAGGCCGCACAAGCAACACCUGUCCCCUCUUCAGGUUCUGCUGCAAAUGGGAUUUCCAAAGCACAGAGCCGAGAAGGCUCUUGCAGCGACGGGGGACAGGGGAGUGCAGUUAGCGGCCGAUUGGCUCUUAGCUCAUGUCAACGACCCCACCUUGGACGACAGCACCCCUAGGGAAUAUAUCCUUUACCUCUGCCCGGUGGGACCACUUCUGGAGCAGCUGCAGAAGUUCUCUCUCCAGUCUAUGCUGCAGUGUGGACGCAAUGGUGCACACAACUACCUGCCACACAUCACGCUGUGCUCUUUUUUCCAGGCCCCCGAUGAUGCUAUUGGGCAUCUCAGUCGAGCACUGCAGCAUGUUGUGGAGAAGCUGAAACCAGAACUUCCAGAGUCUAUUAAGCUCGAACAUUACACCUCGCAAACGUUUCUCGGGCUCUUUGUAGCCGAAGAACACAACGAUGCGUUAAAAAAGCUUGCUGUUUAUUUUAUGAGAGAGGUCUCCGAAUUUAUUGUAUCCGAUAUCGGGGCACUGGAGGUGUUGGGCACUUGCUUCCCAUGGUGCUCGUCUUCUUAUUCUUCCCUUAGCAAGACUGCUUCGCGAAACAGGCGCAUCCAAGUGGAGCCCUACCUGAAGGCCCUGCACAUCACGCUCGCGUACCAGUUUCAGUUGGAGCAUUAUGCCACAUUAGAGAAGCUUAGCCAGGCCAUCAACACCAACACUGCGGCAUGCUGGGAACUCAGGCUGUACUCUCGUGACACCAGGAUAAAGGGUUGUGAGGUGCACAAAGUGCUGUACUCGCAUGUGCCAAAGGAGCCCGAUGAGCUGGAGCUUCUCAUUGGCGACUUUGUGUACGUGAGUGGAGAGCACCUUGGUGCGGCCACCGACGGCUGGGUGGAGGGCACCUCGUGGCUCACGGGGGCCACGGGAUUCCUGCCCAAGAACUACAUCGAACGGACAGCCGAGUCGGAUGCCUGGACACUGCACAGGUCCAUAACAAUCGUGAAGGACGUCUUUAUUGAUGGUCUGGAUGAUGGCGUACUGCAAAGGAGGCCGGCAGUAGCUGCAGCGCAAGCUCCACCAAGCCCUCAAGUGUGUCCCAAAGCACCAGCGGUAGCCCAGGUAGCUCCAGCGUCACCUUCAGCGGCAGCGUCGGCUGUGCAACCUGCACCUCCGCAGGCUGCAGACAGGGAAGAAAAGGUCACCACACCACCGAAGGAGAUCAUCUACGAAAACCUAGGAUUUUUAAAUCAAGCAGCAAAGCAGGAAAACGCGAAGGUCAGCACAAGUCCACGAAAGCUCUACGUUGCUCGACAUGCAGAGCGUGUGGAUUUCACAUUUGGAGCCUGGCUACCAAUAUGUUUUGAUGCAGCUGGGAACUACACACGGCGGGACCUGAACAUGCCGGCAGUGGUACCAGAGAGGAAAGGAGGCUACAUGGACUAUGCAAAGGACUCCCCUCUGACUAACAUUGGCCUGUAUCAGGCCACACUGACAGGGAAUGCUAUGUGUGAAAGUGGCGUCACAUUCAGUCAUGUGUUUUCAUCUCCAUCCCUGCGCUGCAUACAGACGUGCACGAAUAUCCUGACAGCGUUGCACUUUGACGACAUGCUCAUCAACGUGGAGCCCGGGUUGUUUGAGUGGCUCGCCUGGUACCCCGAAGGCACGCCAGCGUGGAUGACACCUUCCGAGCUAAAGGAGCACGGCUUCCACAUCAACCUCGACUACAAACCGCUCAUCGAAACCGAAGAACUGAAGCACAAGAAAGAGUCCGUCGACCAGUACUACGUGCGGAGCUACUACGUUGCUCAGAAUGUCUUGAAGAGGACAGCACCUGAAGGUGGAAAUGUGCUGCUUGUUGGCCAUGCGGCAACCCUGGAGACGUGCACUCGCCAGCUGACGGGCCGUAAGCCUCGGUCGGCCACGGAGCUCGUACAGCUGGUGCACAAGAUCCCAUACUGCGGCCUGUGCGUGGCCCAGGAGGUUCCGAGCUGUGGACCCCAGGUCACUGCAGAGGGUACGGCCGGGAGCACCGGAUGGGCACUGGUGGCGCCACCUAUCCCUCCUCUGACCCACAGUGCCAACACCCGUUUCGAUUGGCGCUGCAUGCUUUCGACGUGAUCGAGCGAGGCUGACAGGUAGUUUCGGAGCAAAAUGUCAGCCUCGCAGGCAGAUUCAUUCACCAAUUGCGCGGUGGAGGAGCGCUACCGACGCGGAGUGUUCAGGGCCAGUUUGCAAAUGGCAAGAUGCAAUGGCAACACAUUUUUACCAUUUGCCAUUUGCAAACGGUCGUCGCACCGGCGCACUAAUGUGUAAAUCAUCGGAAGGGGCUGAUGUCAACAACUCUGUUUUCGGAGCAGCAGUGCACACCAACCUAAACUGAUACUGAAUCCCACUGGCCAGUCUGAAGGCACUACUUUCUUACGUCCGGAUUUAACAUAUCAGCAUCUGCCGGAGAAUACGUACAAUUCGAAAAGAAAAGGAUACACACAUGCAGCAGUGACAAUAGCCUUCCCCUCUCUUCAUAGUUACAUUGUGCUGUUAUAACACUGUAACCACCAUGUGAUGCAAACAAAUCUGAGCCACUUAUGCUGCCGUAUCAAAACAGCAAAACGAAAUGCACUAUGCAUCACAGCUGAGGUCACGUCACAGAGUGGGUGCAGAAACACCUGUGCAGUUAGGUUUUAGUGAUUGUUAAACAACCCUAGAUGGAAAAUGUUAACCCUGUGUCCUCCACUCUGGUGUGCUUCAUAAUCAUAUCAUACUUCUGGCACAUAAAACUCUGGAAUUCAACUUUUGUUAAUUUGCUCUGCCAUGGCUGCAUAAGGAACCUGCUGCAGACUGACCAGUGAAAUUGAUAACACUGUUACCACAGGCGCACUCCAGUCAUUGAAGGCCAUUGAUAAACUUAACACAUUAUAAGCGGUAUUCACACGGAGGACAAAUCCUCGGGGGAUAAAGGCAGAGCAUAGUGACGUCAUCUCCCGAGGAGAAUUCCCCACAAAUAUGCCACGCUCACACGGACGAGGCGAAUGGAGGGGAGACCAGUGUUGCCAGACUACUCUGGUGGCUUGUACCGCCCGUUUCACCAGCUGCUGACGACGAGCUGCAGAUGACCAGCUGCACACUGGACACCCACUGCCGCUCUCUGCAGGAGCAAGUGCAACAAUGUGGCCCAACAAGAGCCCAAAAUUCCGCUAUAUCCCCUACAGUCAAGGGAUCAUUUGUCCUGUCGGGAAAAGGAAGGUCCUCAUGUCCUCCAAAGAGGCGCGAGGGGGUGUCACGCCCACUCACUAAUCCGUGACAUUGCAGUCACGUGGUCCGCAAUCCCCCCGUGUCCUCCGCGAAUUUCUCCCUCGUGUGAAUACCCCUAUAAGGACAAUGAGUGGAACAACCACUGCUUGGCGGGGCUGUAGGAACAGCUUGUGUAUGAUAUAACUUCAUCUGCACACUAUUGGUGCUGCACGAUCACAACUGUGUCUGAUUUGCUUAGAAACGCUGAAUAAUUUAAUGAUAGCGAUAUCGCUCAAUGUUAGUCUACACAUGUGAUAAGUGUAAGGUGACUAAUAGUAACCCUAGCUUUGCUCUGAGUGCAAAGCCGCUUCAGAACACAGAGAUUUUAACAUACAUUUGUUUUCUGGAGGUUGCAUGCUUGUAAAAGCGAAGUUUUUGUGCUUUUGCUGACACAGCGUUGGGUACUGAAAUGCCCGUUUCUGUGUUGACAGCGUGGCACCGCAUACAUGCUUUCGUUAAAAAUGGCCCCUACGCUUCUUUUAAGCGGCAUUGAUGUGGAGUUUUCGACGUUUCAUUUUUUGCUUCGACGAAAGGUCCUGCACUUCGAAGUCCUAUAAAAAGUAUGAGUAUAAUUAUUUACGAUUAUCUUUUCUACAUCUCGCUUUGGUUUUGUCUCCCAAAAAGCACAUGUGCCGUUGACGCAGAAGAGGUUGCGUGAAAGUAUUUACUAAAGAUCACCCUCGUGUAAGGCCUGCAGCUUCACGUAAAGCACAAGAACUUUGAAAUGAUGAUUGACUAAACGUCAUGUGGAUAGAAUGGUUAGAAGGCUGGAGCUUCAUGUGCACUGGCUGCGCUCGUAUGACUGCAAACUAUAGGCAGCUCCUGGAUGCACAUUUGCAAGAGAACAAGUGCCAAUAAUGUUCUUGCGAUUGUCAAGCUAGCUACUGCCCAAGGAUUUCCUUAAACAGACGUACAAUGAAUCUGCUGAAACGACGAGCUUUACAAAACUAAGGUUUCCUGUGCUCAAAAGAUUUUUGUGCUGUUUUCUCAUAGAGAUGUAGAAGAUCGCAUGAAGAUGCAGCUGCCGUAGUGGGAAAACGAGGGUUUGUAACUGCAGAGUGAUCUUUUUCGGAGGUCUCCGCUUUCUUGUACAUUUAGCAUGAAAGUUCUGGGGUCAUAUAUGAACAGCACGGUGAUGUCCACUGUUAUAGCAGGGAGUAUGUGGCCACAUGGCUCAAAAACUUUUUUUAAUCACGUGAGCUGCAGUUUAGAGCAGAAGCAGUAGCAGUGCACAACACCGGCACCUCAGUUAGAAUUUUCGUCACCUGCUAAUCCGCGGCCGAUCCACAGUUUAGAUGUACGCAGCCAAUCCAUAUCUUCAAAACUUGCUACGAAGGUGAACUUUAUUUUUCCCACGCAUGCAGUCAAAUGUUCACAAGUGGACCGCACUGUGCAGUGGCACCCGGAGGAAAGGGAACACCUUCAUUGAAUGAUGUUUACUACAGAAGUUCAAAUUAGAGAUCAAGGACUUGCUGAUGUAUGUAGUGUUGGCCUGAAGGUCAUCGUAAAAGUUCCCUGCUUUUUUUUAUUUCAGUACAAAGCCCUGUCAAAUUUGUGCAGUGCUUAUGGCUAUCUGCUACUGUGCACGUUGUCUUGAGGCUGUGGUGCCUCCGUCAUCAAGGCGGCAAAAUUCCAAAAAUGCUUGCUUGCCUAGAUUCGUGCGUGCAUCAGAAAAUGCCAGAUGGCCCAUAUUGCUCCAAAAAAGCUCUUGUUAUGACACUUCUUGCUUUGGGACAUUAAACCUUGUAAAUCAGUUAAAGUCGAAAAUUGCAGAAAGGAUGUUCCCUUUCGUCGUGUCCACCAUGUACCUAUAUACAUAGUCGUACUACUGCAGGCCGUGAAAGCUAGGUGAGUUACGUGUUCAGAGUCUGGUUGCACAUGGGGGCCACUGAGAUGUUUUGAUGGCUAAUGUGGGUGCCAGAAGUUUGUCGCAUUGUCUGACAGCUAACAACCCAAUCAGGGUAGUUACUGGCAGGUGAUAAGUGUGUGUCAGCCUGUGGCAACGAAAAGGAGAAGUGAUGGUGUUCACAUAUUUCUACAUGUUGGAGCAACUAAGGCACUCCUUUGUUUGGUCAAGCCUAAUUUCAUAAUUUUCGACCAGAACUACCUUGCCUCCUCGAUGCUGCUUGUGAUAGCGAGCACCACAGAUUGAAGCCAGGCCCACCGACGUUAACUUUCUGAAACGCUGUACUUGGCCACAAGGCUGUAAUUUUACCCGAUUUUCCAGAUUUUUUUGUUUUUUUUUAACCUCAGACCGAUGUUUCGCAAGGAGUAUAUUGAUUGGAAAUGCAAUGAUGCAGGGAGAAAACUAUGUAGCAAAGUCAGUGUUUAAAGUCAUUGACAGAGGAGACAAAAUUUUGACGUGUCGCAAUGCGUGCGAAAUGAAACACUGAAAAGAAAGGGAUGGACCACUGUGCACAACAGCUUUGCUGUUGAUCCCCUUCUUUUAUUUGUUCUCUUUGGUGCCCAUUAAACCACGAUGAACCUAUGCCAGCUAGCCUGAACGUCAGUUCUUCAUUACAGAGACAUUGUUUGUUCUUGUGUGUGUGCCGUUGAAACACAGUUGUUGUCAGUUCCAAACACGGUGGUGUGCAGAAACAUGGUUUUACCUGCAGACGAAAGUUUCUUUUAUGGUUGGUGGACCGUUGAAGUUUCAUGAUAGACUGUCACAGUUUGCCAACAGCUGCACUGCUGCUGCUGUCAUCAUAUUUGUGGUUAUGCUUUACAAUUUUAGACUACUAUGCUUCUUUAUUUAUGAUCUAAGCAAUACAGAAUGGAUCGAGCUGAUAAUAAAAAAAAUUGGAAGACAUGGAUUCACCCUGAAUCAUCAAAUAAAUUCCCUUGAUUACAGAGUGAUUCAAAACAUGCUCCAAUUCACCUUUAAUUUCAGCACCGAUCCAACAGAGUAGGGCUUGUUUGGCUAACAGCGGUGACAGUUUCUCACAGUAGCGUGCCGCCGUUUGUUUCGUGCACAGUAUGUGUGAAGAGGAUAAUCAGUGCCCACAAGUGUUUCGUGUAAUGAGGGUGGACUGAUUGCUUGCGUUAUGUCACACACUGGUGUGACGAUUUAACGUUUCGCAGGUUUUUCAUUUGUGUUUGUUGAUUUACAAUGCAGCGCAUGUGUCACUAACUAAAUGGCUCCGCAGGCACUUGCAGUGACAAACUGUCGUUCGAAAAACACGUGGAGCUAGGGUGCCCAUUUUCUUGGUCGAGUGAAUAAAUGAGCUGACACCAUCGGCCUACAUGUGCACUAUGCACCACAAAGCUAGGCUGAAACUUUCAGCUGACCCUUCAGGCGUUCUCUUGGCUUGGAAAUGGCUAUUGUUUCACUUGAUUGUUAGCACAAUAGAACCCUGCGGCCGCAUUCACCGAGUGAGGAAAGGAAAGUACGAGGGAUCCCCUUCUGCUGAUACCGUGAGUGAGAAUCCAGCUGAUAUCACACGAACAAAAUCAUCAGAGGAAGGCACGCAAAUGUGGAGUUUGGUACGUAGUUGGAAUCCGGUAAUGCGAUGCACGAGCUUACACUUCGUUGUCAUAGCUACCUGUGGCUAUGGGGCAGCAGAAUUUCGUUUGCUACCUUUUUUGGCCGCCACUCAGGCCGAAAAUUGAGCUCCUAGUUGGAAGCAUCUGCGACAUUUUCUCGCUGUGUCGAGGAUGGGCUUUUCUAAACCCGAACAUUUCUUGCUUUGUGGUCACACACCUUGCCAUUUUAUCUCCAGUGCGUGAGGUCAGCUUAGAGUUGUCAAUGUGUGAGCAUUGUUUUGUUUGCAGCGUGCUUUUGUGACAAAACUGUGCCAUCAGGCGAAAGUUUCCUUCGCUUCAUUUAGGGACCUCUCGCUAUUUAACGGGGGUUUGGUAGUUGUAGUCUGGUUGUUUUCUUCUAAGAGGACGUACCUUCAAUGAAUUACGAAUUGCUGUUGUCUCUGUUUUCCCUUGGUGUGUUGCCCAUCGUUAAUUUAUUUUUGUGUAAAUACACAUCUUGUGCCGUGUGUGCCGAAGACCUUGUGUACAGAUUGUAGAGGUGUAAAAUGAAAGAUUGUUUUCGGGCAAAGGGCAACUUACAAAUCACAUAUUUGAAAUUCUAUGUGUGCAACUUGAAAAAAAAAAAAAAGCAAGACAUUUUGCCAUUAAAUUAUUUCUUGUUAUCA